UAGUCAGCUCGUUUUCUCGAGUCACCAUUAGCUCUCGGUCUCAACUUACGGAAUAAUAACGGGCAGCGUUUCUUAUCUUUCCCCAACUCUCUUCAACUAAAUCUUCUCCUUUCUUUUCAUCCUCAGAGAUCUAUUGUCUAAACCCUAGAAACCUUUUCAUUUCCUCUGCAACCAUGGCGACGAAUACACCAAAUUUAGAGUGUCGUAUGUACGAAGCUAAAUAUCCUGAAGUGGACAUGGCAGUGAUGAUUCAAGUGAAGAACAUCGCUGAUAUGGGUGCCUAUGUAUCGCUUCUGGAGUACAACAAUAUCGAGGGUAUGAUCCUUUUCUCUGAGCUUUCUCGUCGUCGGAUUCGGAGUGUGAGCAGUUUGAUUAAGGUGGGACGAAUAGAGCCUGUGAUGGUUCUUAGGGUGGAUAAGGAGAAAGGUUAUAUUGAUCUUAGUAAGAGAAGGGUUUCGGAGGAAGAUAUCCAGGCUUGCGAGGAGAGGUAUAACAAGAGUAAGCUCGUCCAUUCCAUCAUGCGCCAUGUUGCUGAGACCCUGCAACUUGAUUUAGAGGUAGAGCAAGGGAUAUCUGUUCUUAACAAUGCAAUCAAGGCCUGCACUGAAGCGAUAGAGAGUCAGAAGGGAAAGCUUGUAGUCAAGGAGGCAGCAAGAGCUGUGAGUGAGCGGGAAGAUAAACUACUUGCUGAGCACAUGGCGAAACUUUCUUCUCAGAAUGAGGAGGUUAGUGGUGACGAAGACAGUGAAGAGGAGGAAGACACGGGAAUGGGAGAAAUUGACGUGGUAAAUACAGCUGCCGGACUAGCAGAAUGAAGGCACAGCAUGUUAGAUUGAAGUUGGGACCUCUAUUUUUUUCCAUGGCCCUGGUUGAGAGUAGUUGUAUAGAACCGAUUUCUUGGAUUUUGUUGCCAAGUCCUUACCGGAGAUCGCAGUUUAUGAAUGGCCAUGUUCCCAAGUUCAUUUGGAGGAUACUUUGUAGUUUAUUGCAUCAUGGAACAGUUUAUGCUAUUUGAUGAACAUUUUUUUUUUUUUUUCUUAAAUGUUUGAUGAACAUUAGCGAGUGGAAAUUGUUUGCCAUAGCCUUAGAAAGUUGCAAAGAUUAAAUAUUUUUUCC